AAUGAAAAAUGCAGCAAAUUAGAAUGAGGGAUAUGUGGAAAAAUAAAGUUCAAAAUAACCAUUAAUAUAUGUAGAGAUAAUAUAAAAAGGUGCAGAAACGAAUGAGAUAACUAUUCAAAAUUGAUCAAUAAAAAGUUUCUAUAAGA